UCUCUCUAGCGCAGUGGUCUCCCCAGUGGAGGCUUGGGGGUGCGCCAGGGGGAGCGCCGCUUCGGCAGGAGUGCCAGCCUGGUUGUGGUUGUUGUUUUUGCUUUGGCAGUUUGGGCGGCUUUUUGUGGCUGUUGUUGCUUCAGUUGUCGUUUACUGCGCAGCUCGGGGGGCCCAUCCAAACAGGUUGGAGACCGCGGCUGCCCUGUGCGGCGACCCGAGCCAGACGGAGCCGAGCUGGGGGAGGCGCAGCCGCCAUGUGGGAAGCGCCCGCUCUGUUGCUGCUCCUGUUGCUGCUCCUCCCGCGGCUGGCCAGGCUCCCGCGGGCGGCGGCGCUGCAACCCGCCGGCCGGGCGGUGCUCAUCACCGGCUGCGACAGCGGCUUCGGGCACCUGCUGGCGCUGCGCCUGCACCGCCUGGGCUUCACCGUCUUCGCCGGCUGCCUCUGCCCGGGCGGGGAAGGGGCGCAGCGGCUGCUGCGGGAAGCCGGCUCCGGCUCCGGCCGCCUGCGGGUGCUGCCGCUGGAUGUCACCCGGGAGCGGGACGUGGCCGCGGCCAAGGAGAUCGUGCUGAGCAACCUGCCGGAGACAGGUUUUUGGGGACUGGUGAACAAUGCUGGAAUAUCAACAUUCGGCGAGACAGGGUGGCUGCCUAUGGAGAAAUAUGAAAAAUUUGUGGAUGUGAAUCUCCUUGGGUGUAUAAGGACAACGUUGGCAUUUCUUCCCCUUCUAAGGAAAUACAAGGGACGUAUGGUCUUUAUGUCUAGUGUUACUGCAUACUUCACUUUGGGGAAUGGCAUUUACUCUAUGACCAAGGCAGCCAUAGAAAAAUUUUGUGAUGCCUUAAGACUGGAAAUGAAGAAGUUUGGAGUUCUGGUUUGUGUUAUUCAGCCAGGAAAUUACGCGCGUUCAACCAAUGUUCAGCCACCAGUCAAUGCGGAGCAGAUCUGGAAUGAACUCAGUGAGGAGGAAAAGGCAGUGUACAAUAAAGAAUAUGUGCAAGAACGUUCAGACUUUUUUAACAACAUACUUAAGGAAGGGCGCACCACAGGCCAUGAAGUUGUAGAUGCCAUGGUGGAUGCUUUAAUGUCUCCUGCGCCCAAGGCACGUUAUAUGGUUGCGAAGCUAAAGGAAAAACUGUUGGUCUUUAUAUGCACAGUUUUCCCAACUGUUGUGAUGGAUUCAAUUCUGUCCUAUGCACUGAGUAAAGUAAAACUCACCUAGCCCUGUGGAGAGAAUAUUGACUCCUGUUUCUGGUCUAUAAUUCAGGUUGGACAACUUUUGUAAGCAAAGGAUUUACAGCUUGGUCGAAAGCCCAUUGAAGUCAAUGGACAGACUCCCAUUGACUGGUAUGAGCUUUGGAUCAGACUUAUACAGGACUGUAACUUUUGCAUACUGAAAUACAUCUGGAGUUGAAUGUAAAAUAAUUCACUUGGUGUACUCUGGGGCACAGCAUUUCUCCACUUGUUGUAAGGAUUAACUCCCAUACUACUGUAUUCCUUGCCUGUUGAAUCUAAUGCAUUUUAUUUUUCGAUCGAAUCUUCCAUAUGAAAGUACCACAAAAUGUUUCCACAUCAGUUACAAGUAGAGUUUACCCUACAGGAGCAUUGAUGGAUACAAUCAGGCAGGGAUGAAGAAUGCAAUAGUUCUGAGAGCCUGCAAAAGUAUUUUAUUGUUUUGUUAGAGGCAGAGCUAGGAGUGUUAGGCUGGGAGUGAGAAAUGGGCCUUGAAAUAGGUUUGAAUGGAGUCAGAAGGGUGCAGAGAACUAGGAAGCCUUAAAUGAAUUAUGAAAGUAUAGGUCCUUACCAAUGGAAACAAUAGCUACCACGGUGAAGUAUUUUAAGCUCACAGAUAUUUUGUUUAAAUCUGUAACAUCAGAGCAAAUAUGUCAUAUGCGUUGUAAAAUAAAUAAGUAGCACAUUCCA